AUGGCGAGAAAACGCGCCCGCGAGACCGGAGUCGCCGGAACGGCAGACACCGGUGGCUCCUCGAAGCGCGUAACACGCGCUACCGAAAGAGAGCGAAAGAAGACAUCCGAACCAGGUUCCUCCCAAGAUCCAGACCAUAAUUCGCUACCAGGUACGGAAUAUGGCUGGGCUCGAGACGAGGAACACUGGAUAGAACUGUACCAUAUCCUCCUUAUCGCCUAUCAGAAGCAUAACAUCGCGCUUCCUGAUGAUACAGAAAGAGUAGCCUAUUACAACGCGUACUUCCAGGGAUUCAGGGAGCCCGGUUUUGGAGGGGAGCCAUGGAACGACUGGAGUGAGGUCUUCAAGAGGGUAAAACGGAGACGCGUAGAGCUUGUCGAUGCGAGUCAGCGAGUAUGCCCUGAUAUACUCUCGUUGCUUGAGGAUGUCUCGAAUGAUGAGUCGGAUAGCGCGCCGGAUCUCCACCUACCCGCUAUAACACCAGAGAUGCUGAAAACAUUCAUGCGAGAAAAGAACAGACUCGUCAAAGACAAACUCCCUGAGCCCGACACCCCCUCACCGAAGGACAAAAUGUCUCCAAAAGAUAAAUCGCCUCCAAAACGGUCUCCCCCAAAACGAAAGUCACCCUCAAAGGACGGAAGCUCUAAGGACGAACCGCCUUCCAAAGACCAGCCUACUCUCAGCUCAGAUGAACUGAUCGGCCUGGUCGAAGACCACAUUCUCCCGCUCGAGAAAAAGUACCUAGACCAGAAGAAGAAACCAUGGCACGAAGAAGCUGGAAAAGACCUCUCAGACCGUGGCCCGAUGAACGUGAGGAACUACACGGCCAAGCAUCCUCUCCAGCUUGAGUGCAAUCCAAGUGGGGAGCGCGCAUCCUGGCACAGUAAUUCGAAGGUGAAUACUUGGAUUCCCGCCCCGUUCGGCGUCAUCAAUACGUAUAUUGGCGGCAUUAAAAUGGUCUGUCGGCAGGAGGGCGCUGCGAAUGCGAACGGGCUUAUGAAUAUCGCCAUCGUGCCUCCGGUUGGGUAUUUCGGCGGUUUGAGAGAGUUGCUGCGCGAGGAUUCGGUGCAUCGCUUUGGCGAUGAAGAGGAGAAGAGGAAGCAUGUAGAACUUGUGGAGUUGGUGAAACACGCGGAGAGAAUCACAGCAGCUGUGUUUCGGAAGACUGAGGACGAGUUCUUGCAGAAGCAUCCAGAGAGAAGGGAUAAGGUGAGUGAUGAGGACGAGGACGAGAUUGAUGAUGUGGAGUUCUCGGAUGGAGAGGAUGAGAUCGUAUUUCCAUGA